AUGUCUCCGGUGUUGAAUUGUAUUCCGUCUAGUCCUCCUUCGGAUCAAGACAAUUAUCCAAAAGUCGGAAGCAUACCGUCAGAUAGAUCCCAUCGGUCUCCUUUAGAGGUUAGUCCGACUUCGCAAACAAAUGGAGAUUUGACGGAGUCGGAAAAUUCAUGCUGUGAUGAUGUCAGAACGGAAACGGAGGAUUUGAAACGUUCAAACAUAACUAAUAAUAAUAAUAAUAAUAAUAUACCGAUAAAUUAUAAAAAAUCUCCUAGUCCGAAUAAAAAUUUUACUUUUGAAACUCCCAUAAGGCCCUGGAAUUCUAGUCCGAGUUAUAGAAAUGUCGAUAGAGGACAAUCGGUGAGUCCGUCAAAUUCUAGCCAACGUUUAUCACCCUGUCCGAGAAAUUCCCUUUCUCCGGAUGCAUCAUCGGAAAAUUCUAGAAUUCCGAGUCAGGCAUCGUCAGAAGCUACUCACGAUGCCGCCGUUUUACCACCCGAUAAUUUUAGAUCUCCUAAAAUGUGCUCGACGGAGCUACCUUACGAUGUUCCUUUUCCGUUUCAUGACAAUCGUCUUUCAUCCGCAGAUAGUUUUAGGUUUCCAAAUUCUUACAUAUGUGAUCCGUUAAAUCCUUAUUUCGGAUUAGGUAAUCAUCCUCUAAAUCCAUUUCAACCUCCUCCUAAUUUUUUGGCACAUCCGUUUUUGGGUACGACCGAUCCGAAAUUGUUAUUAAACAAUUCGGGUUUCGGUUUAAUAUCUCAACAACUUCACAAUUUAAACGGUUUUCCUCCAAACGUGAAUAAUAAACUUCCACCGGCGGAUUUGCACAGAAUGUCAACAGUCCAACAAUUACAAUUUAUACAAAAUCAUCUUCAAAGUCUGCCAACGUUUUUACAACCCUCGUCGCCGUAUACAAAAUUAACAGAAUCAAAAAAUCAAUUGUCGAUGUUGAUACAAGCGAGGAAACAACCGAAAAAUUCCGAUUCGGAUGCGGAAAAUGUUAAAAAAGACAUUUUCCCUUUUUCCGAUGUGAGAAAAAUAGAAGAAGAAGAAGUAAGUACUGAGGAAACGAGAGAAAUUUCUAUCACAAGCCCGAGAACUAGAAGAUCUAAAAAUAAAGAUAAAAAUUCAGAUGAAAAACGACCGAGAACGGCAUUUUCCGGGGAUCAAUUAUCGAGGUUAAAACACGAAUUCGCGGAAAAUAGGUACCUGACGGAAAGGAGGAGACAAGAUUUGGCGAGAGAAUUGGGACUGAACGAAGCUCAAAUAAAAAUAUGGUUCCAAAAUAAAAGGGCGAAAAUGAAAAAGGCAAGAGGAGAAAAAAAUCCAUUGGCGCUACAGCUCAUGGCUCAAGGCCUUUAUAAUCAUAGUACCAUACCUUUGACUAAAGAAGAAGAAGAAGCGGCGGCGGCGGAACUCAGCGAUUGA